UCACUAACAUUAUUUUAAUGGCUGGUCUUUGUUUCUCUUUCGAAUGGUUGAAAUAAAAUAUAAAAUUCACGCAUUCCGUUACACUUUCGCACUUGAUUUUGAUUUGUUAGUAGUUUUCUUUAAAGCCGUAAUUAUGUCGUGUUAACAACUAUUUCAUACUGACCAGCCUAACUGAAAUUUGCCUCCGUAGUACAAAUAGAUCAAAGUUCGGUAUAUAAGAGAAAUUGUAACGAAUAUUCAGUGACGUGUGAAUGCGACAACGUUAUUAAAUAAUACUGAAUUCAAUUGACGAUUAUUGAAAAUCGAGUAGCAAUAAACUGUUAUCUUCCUUUAUUACAUUGCUUGAAGUAACGAUUUGAAUUCAAAGAUUAUUCCGCUUUGCUAAAUUAUUAUCUCGUUUUGUAAGAGAUACCGAGGUAGUCCGAAUGAUAUUAUUUUGUGGCUCUAAGUAGUUUCACUUAUAAUGGCCAACAAAAUGGUCUUAGAGCGUGCCAAAUGGGGUAAACAUCUCAUUAUCGUCAGCAUUGCCACAACAUUCGGUGCAGCCGUUCCUGUUGGCUAUAACAUUGGUGUAAUAAAUGCGCCAGCCACGUACAUUCAAGAGUGGUGCGUUGAAUCAUUUUUCGAUUCGUUUGGUGUACAUCUAACUCCAGCAAACCUAAAUAUACUAUGGUCAGCUAUAGUAUCAGUAUUUCUGGUUGGAGGAGCUGUUGGAUCCUUGGGUGGAGCCUAUAUAGCUGAUCGGCUGGGAAGGAAACGAUCACUACUAACAUGUGCCUUAUUAUUCGUAGUCAGUGCCAUUCUAUUUUUCUUUUGUCGUAUGGCAAAUUCAGUCAUAAUGCUCAUUAUUGCACGAUUGAUAGUUGGUCUAGCGUCUGGUUUAACUACAAGUACCUUACCAAUGUACAUGGCUGAAUUAUCACCGUUACAAUUACGCGGCACGUUGGGCGUAUUGUGUUCCAUGGGUGUAACUGGUGGCGUUGUUGUCGGACAAAUAGGUAGCCUACAAGAAGUGUUUGGUACACCAGAUCUUUGGCACGUUGCGCUUAGUGUUUAUGCUGUGUUGGUUGUUGCAUGUAUGCUGCCAUAUUAUUGGUUCCCAGAAAGUCCCAAAUAUCUCUUCAUUAUCGUCAAGGAUUGCGAGGCUGCUAAAAGACAGCUUCAACAACUUCGAGGAUCACAGAUUGCAUUGAUUAACGAAGAACUUCAGUCUAUGGAAAAUGAGUCAGUUUUUCAAUCCGAGAAAAGGUCUUUGCUGUCAGUGUUACGUGAUCCUAAGCUACUACUUCCCGUAAUUUUGGUUUGUGCGCUGCAAGGAGGACAACAAUUAUCAGGAAUUAACGCUGUUUUCUACUAUUCCGUCUCGAUAUUCGAACGAUCUGGCCUAAAUUCGACAAACGCAAAAUGGGCAAAUCUCGGAGCUGGUUGCAUUAACUUGUUCAUAGCUGGUUUCAGCCCGUAUUUAAUGGCAAAAGUAAACCGUCGACCUUUGGCAUUCUAUUCCUGUCUUGUGAGCGGUGUGAUGCUUGCGAUUUUAACAGUCAUCGUCUCCCUGAUUGAGUUAGCAACAUGGCUACCGUACGCAUGCAUUGUUGCGGUAUUUGGUUAUAUCAUUGCUUAUCAAAUGGGAUUGGGUCCGAUUCCGUACUUCAUCGGAACAGAGCUAUUUGAAAGUGCACCACGUCCAGCAGCAAUGGCACUCGGCAGUCUGUCGUCGUGGACAUGUAAUUUUAUUGUUGGCAUGUCAUUCCCCAGUUUACAAGAAGCAUGGAAUGCAUUUGUAUUCAUACCGUUUGCCGUAGUUUGUUUCGCGUUGUCGGCAUUGCUCAAAUUUUAUUUGCCCGAAACCAGAGGUCGUGAUUCAAGUGAUAUUGCUCCCUUAGUGUCUGAGGGCUUUCGGUCUCGGCCACUAAUUAGAUAGUUUUUCACAUUAGACAUAAAUAAGUAAUUUACUACGAUCAAAUUUAAUUAUUACUAGAAAGUGUUCUCUUUUCGAUAAGAAUUUUUUUUCGAAUUUCAGUUGUAUUCAAAUUGCAAUAUUGUUAAAUAAAAGCUUUGUUUUC